UGCGCACGAGACGCACGCGUACCGCCAGAGAAGCAUUUUUUUUACUAUCAUGGUGGAUAGUUAACCGGAUAAAAAGUGUAUAAAUGAUGAGUGACGAACUUAUUUCUGUCAAAUAGUUGUUAAAUUAGUCUAGGCCCGAGAAGUUUAUUUAUUUUAAUAUUAAGAAUAAUAUUAAAGUACUUAGAUUUAGGCCAAGGGCAUCCACAAGCGAAUCAACCCGGAUAAAUAUAGAUCUAACCCGCAUCGAUGUAAUUAUUAACGAAAAACUAGUCUAUUAGCGGGAGAUAAUUAAAAGUCUGUGUUUAGAUUUUUUUUCUCGCUGAGAUUUUCUCAUUUUAACGCUCAACCAUGACACGAAUCAAUCUGGAGGUGAAGUAUUUGACGCAGGAACACCUCACGGGUUUCGAGAAUUAUAAGUACAGCUGCUUGGACACAAGUCCCCUGAGCAUCUACAUAAUGCACCCAUUUUGGAACAAAGUGGUCGAGUUCUGUCCAAAAUGGGUGGCGCCCAACGUCCUGACCUUCUCCGGAUUCCUCUUCACAGUCUUCAACUUCCUGAUGUUCUCCUACUACGACUACUACUUCUACGCGUCGAGCGACGAUCACCCCGAGCCGCCCAUCCCAACCUGGAUCUACGCGUUUGGGGCCUUCAAUAUCUUCAUGGCAUACACCCUGGACGGAAUAGACGGCAAGCAGGCGAGACGAACGCAGACAUCGGGACCCCUCGGCGAGCUGUUCGAUCACGGACUGGACAGUUGGACCGCAAUGCUCAUCACCGUCUGCAUGUACUCAGUCUUCGGGCGAACCGAGCACAGUGUCUCACCCCUGAGAAUGUACUUCAUCCUCUGGAAUGUCUUCAUAAACUUCUACCUGAGCCACUGGGAGAAAUACAACACAGGAGUGCUGUUCCUGCCCUGGGGCUACGACGUCUCGAUGGUGGCGACAAUUCUCGUCUUCCUCCUGACGUCCUUCGCGGGCCACGAGGUCUGGAAGUUCGAUCUGCCCGGGGGAAUGACUGCGGGAACUGUCUUCGAGGUCCUCCUCUACGCCAGUGCCCUAGUGUCCAACCUGCCCGUUGUCCUGUGGAACAUCUACAAGUCCUACAGAGACAAGACUGGAAAGAAUCGAACACUCGUCGAGGCCCUGAGACCACUCGUCUCCCUCGGGGUCUUCUUCACCAUAACCACCUUCUGGGUGACCCACUCUCGCAGCGAUAUCAUUGAGAUGGACCCCAGGAUCAUCUUCUUCGCCAGUGGCACCAUCUUCUCCAAUAUAUCGUGCAGACUCAUUGUCGCACAGAUGAGCAACACUAGGUGCGAACUCGUCCCCUGGAUACUACUUCCUGUGGGAGGGGCUGCUGUCUUCAGUUAUGUCAUGCCACAGCAUGCUCUGGCCACUAUGUACGUCGUUGCGCUCGCGUCACUGCUUGCGCAUGUUCAUUAUGGCACUUGUGUGGUUCGUCAGAUGUGCCACCACUUCCGCAUAAAAACAUUCCGUAUACGAGAACACUCAGAAUGACUACUUGCCGACGAUGCAUGUUAAAAACGAAGACGUCUUCCCUCAUUCAAUGGGGGAAGAUUGACAUAAUGCACACGUGUUUCAUCAAUUAUCAGUUUUACCGACGAGAGAAUGAUUCAAUGUGUAAACAAAAUUUAUAAGAAAACAAAAAAAUUCCCUGAGGGUCUGAACACUCAAAAAAAUCUUUCCAAAGAGCCUUUCAAUGCCCUCUGACCUCAGAUUUGAUCUCUUGUCUUGAUUUCCAAAAGGUUUAGUUUUUUCCCCUUGAUUUCGAGCAUAAUUUGGCAUGAACUCAAACUCCUGAUUUGACCCGUGUGUUAACAUUCAUUUGCAAUUCAGCACUUCUUCGUUGUUACCAUGCGUCGUCCCUCGGACGAUUAGUUAAUAAUUUUAUAUUUAUGGUUGCGUGCCAUUACCACAGACACUUUUACCAAUCGAAGGUCGUGUUUUUUGUUUAUGAUUUGCCGAGUCAAGAGGGCGGAAGUCUAGCAAAAAACUACUCAAGAAUUUUAUUCUGUAAUUAUUUGUAAUCAAAGGAAAGCCUGUGUUUUGUCCUGGUGAUUCUUGUAAAUAUUAUUAUUAUAUAUUUCCAUCGAUGAUUUUUGAGGUGAAAGAAUCAUAAUUGCCCCCACGAUAUUCUACUGAUGCAUGAUUUCAGUGGCGAAGUGGUAAAACGGUGCAGAUCAAUUUGACUAUUGACCAGUUUUCAAUGAAUAUCUCGGAAUCUAA